AUGAGCAAGGUGCACCCUCCUGAGCUCAAGAAGUUUAUGGACAAGCAGCUAUCACUGAAGCUGAACGGCAGACGGCACGUGCAGGGGAUCCUCCACAUCUUUGACCCCUUCAUGAACCUGGCGAUCGACGAGUGCUUGGAGGUGGACCACAGCGGUCAGCAGAACAACACUGGCAUGGUGGUCAUAAGAGCCAACUUCAUCAUUAUGUUGGAAGCCUUGGAAUGA